UUGUCAAAGUCUGUGAUCAGGUUGUGCAGUCAACGUUGGAGUCUGUCUUGUGUUACCAGGUCGGCUCAUCAGCGCUUUACAGUGAUAUUAUUUCUGCAGCACCAGUGUUUUCAGGAAGGAUUUGUGCAGAUUAAAAUCUUUUACAAUGAACAACUACCGCGCAGCUAAGUCUGGAUUUGCCAGGGAAGCCCAAGCUAAGUUAGAGGCGAAUUUCCCUCCGGAAGAGGCCAAGAAGUGCUUAGAAUGGAUCGAGGCUGUGACAGGGGAGAGGAUGAAGACGGACUUCGGUACGGAUAAAGCUCAGGCCAUGCAAUGUUUUUACGAGUCAUUGAAAGACGGAAUGGCGCUUUGCAAAUUGGUAGACGCCCUGUCCCCUCCUGAUAGCAAGAUCGACUUCAACAGCAAGACAUUUCAACCCGCCAAAAUCCCCGCUUUUGUUGCUGCUCGGGAAAGGGAAAGAAUUGGACUUUUCUUAAACAAAGCCAUGGAAAUUGGUGUACCAGAAGCUAAUUUGUUUCAAACAGACUAUCUUUAUGAAAAAACUUGUCUUGUACAAGUGUGUGCGUGUAUCAGAGCCUUAGGCAUUGAGGCACAAAGCAAGCCUCAUUACAGAGGACCCAUGAUGUGGCCGAAAAAAUGCGAAGAAAACCGAAGGAACUUUUCAGAGGAGCAACUUAAAGCAGGGCAGCAAGUUAUCAGUCUUCAGUAUGGUACAAAUAAAGGUGCGAGUCAAGCCGGGAUCAACAUGGGGAAGCGCAGGAUGAUCAUGCAGGAGUAAAGAUGACUAGAGUGCAUUAUGAACUUGGCUUACCGGAAUGCUGAUCUGAAAUAUUGAACGAGUUUUCAAAAAAAAAAAACGUGGUGCCAAAGUGCACAGGCCAAAGAGCUGUUUCAGCCAGACUAUUGCCACAUCAUAUUUAACCAUUAAAAAAUUUACAUUUGUUCUGAACGGCUAUUUUUGUAAUUACAAGUGUUUUAUGUAACUUAUUUCAAUCAACUGACAUUGUCCACCAUUUUCAAACCCAUGGCUGCACAUGACACAUCCCUUGUCGUCACUGAAGAACAAACGUCGACAAAUUAAGCCGACAAAAUAGAUCUCUACAUCCCUGUCAGUUGACGACUGCAUCCUUAUCAAUGCCUUUUCCACAAACUGGAGACAGCGUAUUUGUUUAAACUCCACGAAUUCAGAAGACAAUGAUUUCUGAAAGCCAUUACGUAACGUUAAGUAGUGGUGAUGAUGGAAACAUACCAGGCGAUCAGAUAGUUAAUUGACGACGACGUAUAAAGCGCUGCAUGGAAGUUUCUUCUGUUGCCUUGCAUGACGGGACUUGUGUUUAAGGAGGCGGCCUCGUUGCAGAAAGUUUUUCUCUUACUACCUUCAGCUCACAAUUUGGAAAGUGACAUUGGGAUAAGCGAAAGUAUACGUCGACAUACGUCAUUAAUGUUUGGAAUCGUGUAUAAACUUCUGUUACAAACUAACGUAUAUAGAUAUAUGCUUGGAAUAGAAAGAAAAAAUACACACAAAGCGAGUGCUACGACGCAGUGGAAUGACAUUUUACUUAUAUACAAAUUCCUUUCAGUGAAAUUUUCUCGAGAAUUUAUAGAAUGUCAUGUGGAAAAUGCGGUUUGAUCUGAUCAUUUUGACUUGUGUCACGUGACGUCAUUAUUCGUCGAUUACAUUGCGCCUAUAGACUGGACACUGAUAAACUGUAAACCUCCCACCUUAAUGUCUCUGAGCAAAGCUGUUUAGCUAAGCUCUCAUUCAUUGUCCAUAUUUGUACAGGAUAUACUUCAAUAUGUGUUCGUUAAUAAACAUUUGAGUAAUUGUUCUAAA